UUUAUCUUCCCCCCCCCCCCGCUUUCCACCUUGAGCCCCCUAACCUGGGCGCCAGGCUGGUGACCGCUGGCUCCCUCCUCCCACGAAAUUGCCCCCCCUGAAAUUCCGCUUUGGGGGAAGCCAAGGCUUAAUAACAACAAUAAUCAUAAUGCUGUUGGUGAUCUAUUAAGGAGACAUUUUUGUGCCUGACUUCGCCUCCGCCGCCUGGAAGGAGAGAGCGCCCCCAACCCGCGGCUGGCGGCCGGAGCCGUGCUUGGCCCCCCCACCCCUCCGGCCCCUCACCACGGACACCCCCACCGCACCCCUCUCCCCCCCUCCGGGGCGCUAUGGCCAUGGUGACCGGGGAAUGGGGCGACCCUAACGGAGGCGAGGCCAACGGCUUGGAGAAGGGCUACCCCCGGCACUCGGAGGACGACUCGGCCUCCCCUCAGGGGGGCACCAGCGACCAGGAGCCCCUCGACGACGACAAGCCGGGCAUCCAAGUGGACUGCGUGGUGUGCGGGGACAAAUCCAGCGGGAAGCACUACGGCGUCUUCACCUGCGAGGGCUGCAAGAGUUUCUUCAAACGCAGCAUCCGCAGGAACCUCAGCUACACUUGCAGGUCGAACCGUGACUGCCAGAUUGACCAGCACCACCGCAAUCAAUGCCAGUAUUGCCGUCUGAAAAAGUGUUUCCGAGUCGGGAUGAGGAAAGAAGCAGUCCAGAGGGGCCGGAUCCCUCCCACCCACUCCAGCGCCAGCCCCAACGCCCUGCCCAGCGGCGAGUACUACAACGGCCAGCCCGUCUCGGAGCUGAUUUCGCAGCUCCUCCGCGCCGAGCCCUACCCCACCGCACGUUUCAGCUCCCAGUACGCCCAGCAAGGCAGCGUGAUGGGCAUCGAUAACAUCUGCGAGCUGGCAGCGCGGCUUCUCUUCAGCACGGUGGAGUGGGCGCGAAACAUCCCCUUCUUCCCCGACCUGCCCGUCUCAGACCAGGUGGCGCUGUUGCGGCUCAGCUGGAGUGAGCUCUUCGUCCUCAACGCCGCGCAGUCCGCCCUGCCGCUGCACAUGGCGCCACUACUGGCCGCCGCCGGCUUCCACGCGGCCCCCAUGUCCGCCGACCGCGUGGUCUCCUUCAUGGACCAGAUCCGCAUCUUCCAGGACCAGGUGGAGAAGCUCAACCGGCUGCAGGUGGACCUGGCGGAGUACAGCUGCCUCAAAGCCAUCGCCCUCUUCACCCCAGAUGCUUGCGGCCUCUCGGACCCUGCACACGUGGAGAGCCUGCAGGAGAAAGCGCAGGUGGCGCUCACGGAGUACGUCCGCUCGCAGUACCCCUCGCAGCCGCAGCGCUUCGGCAGACUCUUGCUGCGCCUCCCUGCGCUGCGGGCCGUCCCCGCCUCGCUCAUCUCGCAGCUCUUCUUCAUGAGACUGGUAGGCAAGACGCCCAUUGAGACGCUCAUCAGGGACAUGCUACUCUCGGGAAGCACCUUCAACUGGCCCUACGGGACGGGGCAGUGAGGAGACGAUGAGUGUGCGGAGUUGCCGGGACCUGCCUUCCCGCCCCCCACCUGCCCUGCAGGUUCUUGUGGCCAU